AUGGGUGAUUGGGAUGAUGAUGAUUUCGAGGUUGAUGUAAAACAGCUGGAUGAGAAGAAGCAUACGGUAGUAGACGAAGAAGCGGGUGACAAACCGGAACAGGAUCAACCGCUUCAUGCAGCGAAAUCAGCAGCAUCCUCAUCGAAGUCUAAAAAGAAGACUAACGAUCCACUGAACAGCUUCACUACUGAUUUGAAUCGUGAACUAACUGAAAAAGAAAGAGAACAGUUGCAGAGGAAAACUGAUUUGAUGCUUGCAAAGGAUUUAUUCGGUCUUGAUGAAGAUGAGCCUCUGACAUAUGCAGAAUUAACUUCCUUGGACGAAUUUAGAACAUUUGGUGAGAACAUUGGCAAAAUGCUUUCAGUGCGAUCAAAUGCUACCCAUUUUUCCGAGAUGCUUAUUUCACUUCUCAAAGUUGUCCUUUCAAAUAUGGAUGCGAGCAAAGCAAGGGUUUUGAGUUCGCUUUUGAAAACGAUAGCAGAUGAAAAGACGGCAGCUGAAAAGAAAGCUAAGGGAAAAGGUGCAUCAACGAAACCGACGAUAAGAACCACCAGCAAAUCAAAUGCAGUUUCGGCCAAAUCAAAAAAAGAUUUGUAUGACGAUUAUGUAGCUGACGAAUAUGACGAUUAUGCCGAUCAUUUUAUGUGA